AUGUUGGUGUUCAAAGGUGCUGCGGAGGUGAGGCUGGCGAAUGGCAGCAGUCACUGUGCUGGGAGAGUGGAGGUGAAACACAGGGGCCAGUGGGGGACUGUGUGUGGUGACUACUGGAGCAUGGACGACGCAGCAGUGGUUUGUAAGCAGCUGGACUGUGGGUCUGCUGUUGGAGCUCCUCAGUACGGACACUUUGGGCCAGGAUCUGGCCCCAUUUGGAUGGAUGAUGUUGGCUGUAAUGGCACCGAGUCUGCCCUGUCUGACUGCAAACACGCAGGAUGGGGUGAACAUAACUGUGCUCACACUCACGAUGCUGCAGUGACAUGUUCAGACGGGAGUGCUGUGGAGGUGAGGCUGGCGGAUGGUGGCAAACGCUGUGCUGGGAGAGUGGAGGUGAAACAACAGGGCCAGUGGGGGACCGUGUGUCGUAACUACUGGGACAUGGACGAUGCCGCAGUGGUUUGUAAGCAGCUGGACUGUGGGUCUGCUGUUGAAGCUCACCAGUACGCACACUUUGGGCCAGGAUCUGGCCCCAUUUGGAUGGAUGACGUUGGCUGUAAUGGCACCGAGUCUGCCCUGUCUGACUGCAAACACGCAGGAUGGGGUGAACAUGACUGUGUUCACACUAUUGACGCUGGCGUGACGUGUUCAGGCCUGGUGGAGCACCAGGACAGUGAGGACUUCUGCCUCUGCACCAUGAACAUGCUUUAG